AUGGCUACUUCCUCUUCCUCUUCGCCUCCGCAGAUGAAAGACGAAGAUCCUGUAAACUGGGCGGAGCUUCCAUCGGAGCUGACGGCUUCGAUUCUGGUCCGUCUUGUCGUGGUUGACAUACUGAAAAAUGCCCAGAAAGUGUGCAAACCGUGGCGCCGCAUCUCUAAGGACCCCUCGAUUUGGCGGAAAGUCGACAUGCAAAACUUGGAAGUGGACGACUACUUCUUGAGUCUCAUCUGCCGUCAAGUUGUUGAUCGCAGCGAGGGCGGUUUGGUCGAAAUCAAGAUUGGCAACUUUGGUUACGAUUCCCUCCUCACCUACAUCGCCGACAGGUUCUCUAACACCUUUUAA